UUCGAGUUCCCUGGGCCAAUCAUUAUUAUCAUGUUCCAGUCUCAAGCUCGAGUCAAUUGAUCAAAUCGGGCAGGCAGACGAAGACUGUCUUUGUUUUAGAUAUCAUAGCCUUGCUCUCUGUUGAACCCCAUCUUUCAGUAGAUUUCAGAAUCAGUACCUACUACCCAGUGAAUGCCCUCGCUCAGCCAUGGCUCCCCAAGAAAUCCACAUAACUACCAGCCAUAACUCGCAAGAACAUGCAGCACGAGUUCUCUCCGAAAUGUUGAUCGAGCUCACUAUUCGCCAUGCCUACAUCGGAGGGUUUGCUUGGCGUCUGCUUGGUAGUGGAAGGCAAACAGAGGAUAUCGAUGUCUUGAUAGAAAUCCCCAAAGAUACAUUGGAUCUUUGGACCCUGAGAGAGAAAAUGGCAGAGAUCGACAAACGAUUUACAGAGAAUGUUCUCAAGUUUUAUUUUGUUGAGGACAUAGACGCAUUCUCCGAAGAUUCGGAAUCGCAAGGUCCAGAUGAGACCACAAAGACCAUCCAGUCUCGUCCAAAGAAGCGCACUGGGAUUGAGCUUCUUUCCCGGAGCAAGAGCAACGUUCUUAUAGAAACACUCUCUGCAGGAACACUGGGUCUCCCUGACUCGGUAGACCUUGUCUACAACGUACCAUCCACCGCUUCCACCGAUCUAACUUUACCUAUUCUCCAUCCCACCAUCCUAAUCCUCAGUAAGCUCCAGCGCUGGUGCCGGAUCUACAAAUCCAUCCGUCCCAAAACCUUGAACAAAGCCCUUACCGAUUCGCAUGAUAUCGACUACCUCAUAGGAUGGCUGUCUCGAAACGGUAUGCUCAUUGCAUUCGACAAUUACGAAGCAAAGAAUGUACCCAAGGAAAGACUCGUUCGUCAUGUCAGGACGUAUUGGGAGCACAAAGAAGCUAAGGAGGAUGAAGAGGUCAUGACCCAGCUUGAAGGGGUAUUAAAUGAGGCGGACAAGGCGAUGUUCCUGGCUUCUGCCAGUCCCAAAGACUCCGACACUGAGAUCUUGACAAGACCGACAUAGGCAUCGUGUAGUUUGUAUUGAUGGACCAUCUAAGUUAUUUGUUGUUGCUGCUGCUGCACUGAGUAAAUUCACUGAAUUUAAGCAUGUUUAGUCUAUG